AUGCCUAGCGAGUACUAUGCGGUGAUUUUUCACUUCACCCCUAGAACUUUCCGUCUUGGCUUUGCUGGCGAGCCGGAACCCCAUGUGGAUCUCACUCCAGACUCUCCACUAUGGAAACGAUUCAUCUCAAAUAGCUCUACCCAGCGCCAGUAUCCUGGGUUUUUGGAGACAGAAUCCCACGCCCUUGAUUCUUCUGAUAGGAAAGAAAUUGUGGAUGCUAUAGAACGGCGUCCUGAUCUCCAUACGAUGGUGGAACACUACAAUGCGGACUUUCAAGAUACAAGAUGGACUGUUUGGCACCACAACGACUAUAAAGACCUUGCCAGACUUCUCAAGCACUGCGUUGCUCGUGAACUCCUCAUCUCACCUGCUCUGUGCAAAUUGUUCGUUGUUGAUGGAAACUACCUGGCAGUUCAGAAAUUCGUGGUUUCCAAUGCCCUUUUGAUGCACAAGAUCUGUGCUUCCAUAUCGUUUCUCCCACAUUCGUUGAUGUGUGCGGUAGCCUCAAGUGUAGAGGAUGCCAUUGUGGUCCAUAUAGACUGGCAUGAUUGCAGCGUGUCUGUUGUGAGUGACCUACGAUCAAUUCUGGAUAACAGCUACCAAGAUUUCACCUUGGAGACUGUGCAUUACAACUUAGCGGGUGGAAACGCAGGUUUCGAGGCCAUUGAGGCCCUUAUUGGAGCUCCAUUGCGCAAAGACAAGUUGCAUCUGGAAGAACUUGACAUGGAACAUCCGUUGAACAUGGUUUUGAGCAGUGAAUGUCUACCCAGAGAGAUCGCAAGUACAAUUAUGGGAUUGGGACUCGAUACGCGGCCCAAAGUGGUGCAAAACGUCAUUUUUCUGGGUGCCGUGGCCAAGAUCCCAGGGUUUAAGGCCACGUUUCUUUCCCAGCUCCGCAGAAUGUUACCUACAAUGGCUGUUUCUGGCAAACAAUGUCUUGGAGCGUGGGCUGGUGCAUCUCUCUACUGUCUGACGACAUUGCUACGGACGGAAAAGUCUAAGUGGAAGCACAAAGAAAUUUAUAAAGAUAAGUUGGAUACAGAGGCAUGGAAGGGAUUUGUGGAAAUGUGA